AUGCCGAUGGAUUUGACUGGCUUCAAUCCGGACGCUAGUCACACCAUAGCCGGUGAUGCGCCAAAUCAUAGCUGUAGUAAUUUCAAUACAUAUAUAUAUCCUCCGGCCCAGCCUGAUGCAAGUCAACACCAAAAUUAUCAGAACGUGAAUCAUCAACCACCAUCGCCAACCUACCAUAACGAAGGCGUGUGUCCCAACAAUGGGGACACGAAUAACAUGCCAUACCAUCAAGGAUAUUCCAUGCAAGGUCCUGUUGAAAUUGUAAACCAAUGUGCAAUAAGAAAACCAAAACGCCACAGGACGGCGUUUACAACGAACCAGUUGACAGCGCUAGAGACGGAAUAUCAAAUAGCACAGUAUAUAAAGCGUGACAGAAGGAUGGAAUUAUCGCAAAUACUAAAUUUGACUGAGAGAUCAAUCAAAAUUUGGUUUCAAAAUAGAAGAAUGAAGGCGAAGAUAGAAAGAGGAGCAAACACAAACAGCCAUUCAUUGGAAACUCAAGUUUCAUCGUCUCGACGUGGUGAAAAUUUUCAUUUACAAUAUGUUUACAAUGAAACAGGGGCCGACUGUUAG